GGCUAACCCGGUUGCGGCAGACGUUGCGUUUCGUAAAUUUUCAUGUGUUGAUUGUUCAGUCGGUACUCGGUAGCGAAGAAUUGUGAGAUAAUUCAUCAGCAAUAUGGAUAAACCUAUUGGGAGAAAGGCGGGAGAUAUUGUUUUGUGUGAGGAAGAUCUAGCUUAUGAAGAAGAAAUCCUGCGAAAUCCAUAUUCUGUCAAACACUGGCUUCGCUAUUGUGUGUUCAAAAAAGAUGCACCACCUUCCGUCGUAAAUUUGAUUUAUGAACGAGCAUUGAAAGAAAUGCCUGGAAGUUACAAACUAUGGUAUAGUUAUCUUUGCCUACGAAGGAAGCAAACUAAGGGUCGCUGUAUAACAGAUUCAUGUUACGAAGAUGCAAACAAUGCAUUCGAAAGAGCUUUGGUAUUCAUGCACAAGAUGCCUAGAAUAUGGAUGGAUUACUGCAAAUUUUUAACACACCAGCAAAAGAUUACCACCACAAGAAAGGUCUUUGAUCGUGCUCUCAGAGCCUUGCCAAUAACCCAGCAUUCCCGAAUCUGGCCACUUUACCUGAAGUUUGUCAAAAUGCACCCUAUACCUGAAACAGCUGUACGUGUCUUUCGUCGUUUUCUCAAACUCUCUGCUGAAGACGCCGAAGAAUUUGUCGACUACUUGAAAUCUAUCGAUCGGCUGGACGAAGCUGCAGUUAAACUUGCCCAGAUUGUUAACAAAGAUAGCUUUACUUCCAAAACUGGUAAAUCAAAUCAUCAGCUCUGGAAUGAAUUGUGUGAACUUAGUUCGAAAAAUCCAAAGCAAAUCAAGAGUCUUAACGUGGAUGCAAUCAUUCGGGGAGGACUUCGUCGUUACACCGAUCAACUUGGACAGCUUUGGAAUUCGCUAGCUGAUUAUUACAUACGAAGCGGUCUAUUUGAAAGAGCACGAGAUAUUUAUGAGGAAGCUAUUCAGACGGUUACAACCGUACGGGACUUUACACAGGUUUUCGAUGCCUACGCACAGUUUGAAGAACUGAAUCUGAGCCAUCUCAUGGAGGAGAUAGGUGAAAAAACUAACCCCACAGAUGACGAUGAUAUCGAAGUUGAAUUAAGGAUGGCUCGGUUUGAGGAUUUGAUGGACCGCCGGCCCUUGCUGUUAAACUCUGUUCUUUUACGUCAAAAUCCACAUAAUGUUGCCGAGUGGCACAAGCGAGUCCAGCUUUACGAGGGCAAACCUCACGAAGUUAUUAAUACUUUUACGGAGGCAGUUCAGACAGUUGAUCCAAAACAGGCUAUCGGUAAAGUUCACACGCUGUGGGUCGACUUCGCUAAAUUUUACGAAAAAAAUAAUCAAAUUGAAGAUGCAAGGAUAGUUUUCGAAAAAGCCACACAGGUGAAGUACGUAAAAGUUGAUGAAUUGGCAACUGUUUGGUGCGAAUGGGCUGAAAUGGAGAUCCGAAAUGCUAACUACAAAGAAGCCCUCAAGCUAAUGCAUCGUGUUACUACACCUCCGGCACGCAAAGUAGAUUACCAUGAUGACGCUGAACUAGUUCAAACCCGUGUCCAUAAAUCUUUGAAGAUUUGGGGGUUGUACGCAGACCUUGAGGAGAGCUUUGGCACUUUUAAAACGUGCAAAGCCGUGUACGAUCGUAUUCUGGAAUUGAAAAUUGCUACUCCACAAAUCAUCAUGAACUAUGCCAUCUUUCUCGAAGAAAACAACUAUUUCGAAGAGGCCUUUAAAGCCUAUGAACGUGGCGUUUCUCUUUUCAAGUGGCCUAACGUCUACGACAUAUGGAACACUUAUCUUUCAAAGUUUCUGAAGCGCUACGGUGGCUCGAAGUUAGAACGAGCGCGAGAUCUUUUUGAGCAGUGUUUGGAAGGUUGCCCCAAUAAGUUUGCAAAAACCUUCUUUAUGCUUUACGCCAAAUUGGAAGAGGAACAUGGACUAGCUCGUCAUGCCAUGAACGUUUAUGAAAGAGCAACGAAGGCUGUCCCGGCCAACGAACGUUUUGACAUGUACAACAUGUACAUUAAGAAAGCAUCUGAGAUAUACGGUGUGACCAAAACGCGCAGCAUAUACGAAAGAGCCAUCGAAGAAUUACCCGAUCAACAGGCCAGGGAGAUGUGCUUGCGGUUUGCCGAUUUAGAGCGCAAGUUGGGUGAAAUUGACCGGGCGCGAGCUGUUUACGGGCAUUGCAGCCAAAUGUGCGACCCCAGGGUAGCGCCAGAAUUUUGGAGGGUUUGGAAAGAGUUUGAAAUUAAGCACGGCAACGAGGAUACGAUGCGUGAAAUGCUUCGAAUCAAACGUAGUGUACAGGCAACAUAUAAUACGCAGAUCAACAUGAUGUCAGCUCAGAUGUUAGCUGCGGCUACCAACACUGCCGAAGCAGCCGCUGCUUCUCAGGACAGCAUGAAAAUGCUAGAUGUGGAGGAAUCUCGACCGCCAGUGCCUGUGGCCAAAUCUCUUGCGCGUCCUGGAAGCAACAUCAUGUUCGUUCGAAGUGAAACACAACCUGGCACCUCAACUGAGGAAGUUCCAGUUGCAAGUAACCCUGACGAAAUCGACAUCGAUGAAGAUGGGGAAGAUGAUGAGGAAGAAGAGGCCACCAUCGAAGAACAGCAAGUUCCACGUCAGGUCUUUGGUAGUUUGAAAAAAGAUGACGAAGACGAAGAAGAUGCCCAGUAAAAAUGGGCGUCAACCUUAACACCUUGAACGUAUUCCACCGCACUCAAUACAUGGGUAUUCUUUACAAAA